CGUAGGUAGUGGAAAACAAGAUGGCGACGUCUAAAUCGUAAAUGAGUUUAUCUAAAUAGAAAUCGGCCGCUCUGGGGCAUCGGUGAAGUGUCACCCUUCCCCGGUUAGUUUAAUAAACUUCGAGCUAAGAUAAAGUGACCUUAUGCGUUGUUAAAGCUUCAAACAUCUCUGGACAUCUUGGUUCUUCCUUCAACAACCUCCGGUUAAAGCCGGGGAGGCGAAGUUCUGAAUUUCAUGAUGGACAGUAACGUUAGUGGGGAGUACAUCUCGACUAUGGAAAAUAUGGAUCCGACUUUGUCAGAACUAGGGGAUGAAUUUACACUGGGAGACAUCGAUGAGAUGCUCCAGUUCGUCAGCAACCAGGUGGGGGACUUCCCCGACCUCUUUGAGGACCAGAUGGCCUCGGCGGGCUCCCUACAGAACGGUGCAGGGGCCACCCCACGCCCAGCCCCACAGACACCCCAGACCACCACCACUACCACAGUUUACCAGAACAGCAACGUGACCCUUACCCCCACCCAAACACUGGCCCCCCUGUCCCUGCCCCUCACCCCACCACAGACCCCAGUCCAGACGUUCUCUUCAGGGCAACAUCAGAUCCGCACCCCUCCCCUGCUCCAGCCGCGGCCCCAGAUGCAGGCCAUCCAGCCCCAGCCCCAGCAGCAACCCACCAUCCAGGUCCACACCCAGAGCAUCCCCAUGCAGACGCAUAGCUUCCCUGUGCACACCCUGGUCCAGACCCACAACCAGACUCUGCCCAUCCAGACCCAGGCCCAGACGGUGAUGAUCACAUCCAACGGCGGCCACUCCCGCUUCAUCCAGAACCCUGUCAUCUGCCACCAGAGUCCCACUACAAGCUUCCAAGUCCUCCAACCGCAGAUGCAGAGCAUAAUGACAUCACCACAGGUUCAACCCAUGACCAUCCAGCACCAGAGACUACUGCAGACGGGCCAGACCAUCCAGACUCUCUCCACAGCACCUACAGUCCACACCAUGCAACAGCAGGUUCAACAGGUACCCCUUUUGGUCCACCAGCCUCAGAUUCUGAAGACAGAGAAUCUGGUUCUGACCACUCUGAAGCCUGACGGGACACAGGUUCUGUCCACCAUGCAGAACCCUGGGAUCACCACCUUGACCCAUCCCAUCCAGACACAGACUCUACAGGUACCGACGCUGAUGGGCAGUAACAUCCUGACCACCGUGCCAGUCAUGAUGGGGUGCGGAGACAAGCUGCCCAUCAAACAGCUGUCUUCAGGCACCUCCCACUGUGUAGGUGGGAACAGGCAGAUGAUGGACCAGGGGAUGGUGAUGGGUCCAGGGGGGGUGAUGAAGGAGGGGGAGAGGAGGACCACCCACAACAUCAUCGAGAAGAGGUACCGCUCCUCCAUCAAUGACAAGAUCCUGGAGCUGAGAGACCUAGUCAUGGGCGGCGAUGCCAAGAUGCACAAGUCAGGAGUGCUGAGGAAAGCCAUCGACUACAUCAAAUACCUGCAGCAGGUCAACCACAAACUACGGCAGGAGAACCUGGCCCUCAAGAUGAACAGCAAGAACAAGUCAGUGGUGCUGUCUGACGAUGUGGAGAUGAAACCAGAGAUGCUGAUGAUGUCACCUCCAGCCUCAGAGUCUGGUUCUGGAUCUCCUCAUGAGUUCUCUCCAUACUGCAUCGACUCAGAGCCUGGUUCUGGAUCUCCUCAUGAGUUCUCUCCAUACUGCAUCGCCUCAGAGCCUGGCAGCCCCUUACUGGACCAUGAACAGGUGAAGAGUGAGCCUGGCUCACCCUCUUCCGUGGGCGUGAUGGAUCGCUCUCGUCUCCUCCUCUGCGCCCUCACCUUCUUAUGUCUCUCCCUCAACCCCCUGCCCUCUCUCCUGGGAUCUGAGGCCCAGGGCAGCUCUGGCUUGACUUCUGCACACAGAGCCUCCAGGACCCUGUUCUCAUUACCCAGCCAGACCCAGAACUUUGCGACCUGGCUUUGGUGCCUGUUGCCAUGGUUAACGGUGUGGGUGUUGAGUGGUGUUGGGGCGGUGUGGGGCUGUGUUAGGGUCCUCUACCUAUGGGAGCCUGUCACCCCCCUCCACUCGCCCAAAUCAGUCUCCUUCUGGAGGCACCGUAAACAAGCAGACCUACAUCUCAACAGAGGUGACUAUACAGCAGCCAUGGCCAGUCUGGAAACCUGCCUGUCAGUCUUGACCAGAGCCCUGCCCACCACCAGUUGGGACCUCCUCUUCUCCCUCUCCUGGAACCUGAUUCGCUACUGUCUGCAUCACCCCACCCCUUUGGGCUGGCUGGUUCGCCAGGUUGGUGGGAAGCACAAGGGAGAAGAGUCCAAGACUAGCUCCCGGGACGCAGCUCUGGUCUACCAUAGGUUGAGCCAGCUGCAGCUCACAGGGAAGCUUCCCCAGCGCAGUGGCCUGUGGGCUCUGUCUCUGUCUAUGAGUGCCGUCAACCUCAGUGAGAGCGCCCAAAACAAGAUGGCCCCCUCCCAGCAGGCCCAGAUCUAUGUCACCACGGCAACAGCUCUGCGCACUGUACUGGGCCACCACCUCUCCUGCCUGCCUGGUUACCUGUUGAGCUGUGCUGAAGGUGUGGCCAGCCAAUCAGACUCCAAGCCCAUCCCUGACUGUCUGCACUGGCUCUUCACCCCAUUGGGCAGGCAGUUCUUCCUCAGCUGUGAUUGGUCUGUGAAGUCUGAGAGCAGAGAGGGCGUGUACACUUCCCAGAGAGACCCAGCUGACCCCAUCGCCCAGCUGCAUCGUUGUUUCUGUGAGAAGCUGCUGGAGAGAGCUGUGCACUCCCUCAUCCAGCCCCACACUGACAUGGAGGCAGGCAAGCCCAAGAACGACUCGGGGGAGUUCUCCAGUGCCUUGGAGUUUCUCCAGCUGUUGAACAGCUGCACAGAGGAGUCCCCCUCUCCUCCCUUCCCAGCCCUGCCUAAUCACACCACCAUGCCAGUGUCAGACCCAGUGAGUCGCUGGUGGGUGUUGGUCCUAAAGGCUGCUGUCCAUUGGCUGCAAGGGGAUGAUGUCGCUGUGAGGUCGCUGCUGGCAGAAGCAGAGCGCAUGCCCAGAGCUCUCCAUACCCUCGAUCACCCGUUGCCCAAGGCUGUGCUGCUGCUGUGUAAGGCGGUGCAGAUGAGCCUGUCUCCUCUGAAGGGAGAGGGGGCGGUGGCCUGUCUGUCUCACUGUGACAGGGCCAGCGGCUACCUGCGUAACGGCAUCUCUGUUCCCCUGUCCGCCCAGUCUGGCAACUGGCUCAACAAGGGGGUGGAGCUCCUGGUCUGUGACCUCUUGCUGACCCUCAGGACCAGCCUAUGGCAAAGAGGAAGCGGCAGCAAUGGGGAGCCAGGCCCUGCCCCUGGCUCCCAAUUGGCUGGAUUCCAGCGGGACCUGAGUUCGUUACGAAGGCUGGGCCAAUGCUACAGACAGGCACAACACAAGGUGUUCCUGCAUGAGACCACAGUGAGGCUGAUGGCUGGAGCCAGUCCCACCCGCACACACCAGCUACUGGAGCACAGCCUCCGACGCAGGACCAACAACCCUGGAUACACCACGGCAGAGGGUGACUGUGUUCUGGGUGAGCGUGAAAGGGCUCAUGCCAUCCUGCUGGCGUGCCGCCACCUACCCUUACCUCUGCUGACCCCACCAGGGCACCGCGCCCGCCUGCUGGCCGAGGCCAAGCGCACCCUUGAGCGAGUGGGCGACCGCCGAUCCCUACAGGACUGCCAGCAGAUCCUGCUCCGCCUCAGCGGGGGCACCACCAUCGCUGCCUCCUGAUGAUUCCCCCCUCACACAGAUCUCAGAUCAGUUAGACCCACACACAGUAACGCUGACUGGUGAUCUACUCACUCAAGUACUGAUCAGUGGUCAGGGAUGAGUUAUUCUCCACCACAUAUUAGAAAUUAGCCCACUCACACAGAUCCCAGAAUCGUCACCUAGCUCUACACACAUAGCACUGAUAAAUUACUAGUCAGCCAUUUCCACACAGCAUCUAAUAGUCAACUACGCAAACAGUCGUAUAUCAUGGACCUAUCACUGUACAGGAGAGACACCAAAAGGGACCUUCAAUCUUCACACUGCCAGCCUGAACAUUGACUACUGUUAACAUUCUGGCAGUGUCAUAUUUACUGUCAACACCCCCAUAGCCACACAGAAGGAAAUUGGAUAUAAUGUGGCCCAUACACUGGACAUGCUUUCUCACAUGCUCACUGGUAUAAUGCUAACACUGUAACGUUGCUAACACUGCUUAACGUAGAGGGAAUCUGCUUACAUGCCCCAAAGGGAAAAGGACCAAAAUGCCUGCCACUGGGUCUCUCAUCCACAUAAAAUUCAGUCUCUCUCUUUGCUUGGCUAAUCAGCCAACAGUUAUUUUGAAUUGUGCCCCACGUUGAAUGGACCUUCAUCCACAAGAGGUUGUGCUCGUCGUGUCUAAAGCUUUAUGACAGAGCUGUAAGUUCACAGGUAGAUGACGGGCUGCACAUGCACUGGCAGUCCACAAGUUAUAGAUGCUACAUGCUAAAAUGUCAUGUACGUCCAAGCUUCACAAUGAUACAUUUAAAAUGUAUGUGUUUUGGACUGACCAAUACAAUAGUUCAACGCAAGGAGACCUACUGUGGCUUCAGUUUAUUCUAGCUUUGAUAGUCACCCUCUAGCCUCUACUGUACAAUGCAGAAUAACUUGCUUCUCACAGUACAGUGCAGAGUAGUAUCUAUUUAUAUCUACCUCAUUGACUGUACAAUGCCAGUGUACUCUAGCGCAAUAUAGUACCACACCAGUUGGCAUGGUGACAGUUGACAGUAGUCGUACAGUACCCAGAUCAGCUUUAUUUAAACUCAGCAGUGCAGUGCAAUAUUAAUGAGCCAGCACUGUAAAAGUGCCAUUUAUUUUUCAACAAGAAAAAAGGUUCAUGGAUUGGAGAGUCACCCUAAAUGGAAAAUCGAAGCCCAAUUCUUUAUACAUUUACAUUUACAUUUUCGUCAUUUAGCAGACGCUCUUAUCCAGAGCGACUUACAAAUAGGUGCAUUCA